UAUAAUAAUGUUCCUCUAGGCUGGACACCUUUGAUGAGACUUGCAAUGUUACGAGGCAACAUUGGACAACAUAUCCAGCAUGGACAAAGACGGCAAAUCCGUUCUAAUGAUGGCCUCACUCAACGGCGAACUAGACUUGGUCAAACUUCUGAUAUACAAAGGAGCUGAUUUCACGUUGCGAAGCGUACAUGGCAAGACUGCUUUAGAUUUUGUUCGGGCUUUUGAUAGAGAGAAAAUUGUGGAAUAUUUGGAUGAAUUAUGGAGAGCUUAUAAGGAGAAAGAACGAAGGAAACAGAUGGAUAGCUGGCAAGAAGAUGAGAAAUAUGCACAAACUGUGAACUUACUCAAGACCGCACGAAGUAUGGCUAGCGCGGUCGACGUCACUGAAUGACGUGUUAGAUAUUGCAAAAUGUUAUAUUGUUGUAAAUUUGUAGAUUUCUAAAUGGAAAUAUAUAGUUUUCUUUUUAAUUCUUGUGUGAUUUGAAUUGUGUAUUCAGAAGUGUGAGCGAAAGUUUUAA